UUUACGUGAUGGGCAGUCAAAUCGUUGCUCGACUAAACAUGUAGCAAAUAACUGCGAAAAAUCAUUUACAUAAACUCACUAAAUAAUGCAUCUAUUAUGACUUUUUAACGCAUGUUUGAUUGACGAGAGACAAGAGACAAGCGCGCCCCCCAGUGGAAUUUCUACACACCGCUAAAGUAAGGAGGAAUUCGGGGAGUUCAGCUUCUGAGUCAAGAACAAAAAAAAAAAGAAGCUCCUGUUUCCCACCGAGGACAACCGAUUUGGCUUUUUAAAAAUACAUUUUAGUGUGAAUUCUCAAGGUUUUGGGGAGCGUGACAUUGUUGGGAGUCGGACUUGGAACCCCGUCGAUAAGCUGCGCACAUUUUUUCCCUCCCGGCGGUGUCAUCCUUUUUCCCGAACAGAAGUUUGACAAUGACCCCGGUGCUCUUUUUGUUCUUGUUAUAUCUUUCAGCUGUGUGUGGGACUACAGAGGAUGUUGCAGAGGACGAAGACGCGCUUCACCUAGAAUACACACAACUUCACUGGUGCCACACUCCACGCCUCGCCAAUGGCGAACUGACCUGCCACUCCCCCCGAAGCCGAACAUACCGGACCACCCAGGGGACGCGUUGCAACAUGGUGUGCGACAGGGGCUACCGCCUGAUAGGCCAGAGUUCCAUCCAGUGUCUCGCCAACCGCCGUUGGUCUGGGACUGCGAUGUGCCGCAAGAUGAGAUGCGGUGUGUUGGCCCUAAUCCUGCACGGCAGAUACACGUGCACUCAAGGGUUCGUGGUGGACUCCAGGUGCGACUUCACCUGCGCCCCCGGCUACCGAAUUGAGGGCGAGCACAGCCGCACGUGUCUGCACGGGGGUGCGUGGAGUGGAUCGCAGCCUAUCUGCUCAGAUACAGAACCUCCGAAAAUCAGGUGUCCGCUAUCGAGAAUCAAAAUAGCAGAACCUGGAAAACUGACCGCCAGAGUGAGUUGGGAUGCACCAGUUGCCACGGACACAGCUGAUAAAGUACUCGACGUGAUCCUAGUGGGCCAGGAGCCCGGCACUGACUUCAAGGAGGGAGUCAAUAUUGUUCGUUACAAAGUGUACGAUCAAGCGAGGAACAGAGCCGCCUGCAAGUUUAUCGUCCGGGUUGAAGUGUGGAGAUGCCCCGCCCUGUCUCCCCCAUUACACGGGUCCCUCACCUGCUCCUCCGACAUCACCAACUACGGCGCUGUGUGCGAGUACGCCUGCGACGGCGGGUACGAGCGCAGGGGCGUUGCCAGCCGGGUUUGCCAGUUCGAUCGCAACUGGAGCGACGGGCCCGCGGAGUGCGUCGCCAUGGAGAUCGAAGCAAACGUGCAAACGGCAUCGGCUCUGCUACGUCAGUUUUUCCAGAAGCGGCGACUCCUCAUUUUGUCCGCGCCCGACAUCGCCGACCCAGAGUACCAGCUGCAGAACAUCAUGAUACAAAAAGCAGACUGCGGAUUAGAGCUGCGCCACGUGACGCUCAUAGAGUUGCUGGGCUCUCCGCCGCAAGAGACCGGACGUAUUAAGGAGAACAACUUGACCUCAGUAGUUGUCGACGAGUUGAGGUUAACAUUCCGAAUCUCCAGGCAGUAUUUCAGCAUGGUGCUAGUGGACAAAAUGGGUCUGGAUCGGGAGCGUUUCAUCAACCCGAUCGCGUCGGAGGAGCUCUUCUCCUACAUCGACAGCUUUGUGCUGGACGAAGAGGAGCGGGAGAAGCUGGAGCUCCAUAGGGACUUCUGUGAUUCAUAAAAGCAGGGGAAAAAGGUCAAAAUACACCCUACCAACAAUUGGUUGAUCAGCAGCUAAUGAGUUAAGGAAAAUAGUAAAAAUACUCCUUUACAAUCAAGAGUAGCGCAAAAUCCGAGAGUAAAUUUCUGGUGGUAUCUGAUUCUUUUGCAAUUCAAUAUCUUAUCCGUAUACCGUAAUUUUCGGACUAUAAGGCGCGACAUGAAAACGGCAUGUGUUUAUAGAUAGGCUACACUAUACGAUAAGCCGCAGCUGUCCUCACAGUAUUAUGGGAUAUUUACACCAAAAGAUAUUAACCGGUAACACUUUGACAGCGGCAUCAUAAGACUGUCAGAAGAUCAUAUGAACCACCAUGAAGCUUUGAACCAAUAAGCUGGAUAGCUUCAUUUGGCCAUCACUGCUCCCUUGGGGGAAACAACCUCUGCUGCCACCUGCCGUCAACAGUUGUCAUCCAACAUGCCUCCUAGCAUGCACUGCGGCGCUACAGAUGUAAAUAACAAUCAAAAUUCAUAGGGUUGUUCCAAUCAUGUUUUUUUGCUCCCGAUCCGAUCCCGAUCGUUUUAGUUUGAGUAUCUGCCGAUCCCGAUAUUUCCCGAUCGCUUUUUUUUUUUUUUGCUCCCAAUUCCAAUCAUUCCCGAUAAUUUUUCCCGAUCAUGUACAUUUUGGCAAUGCAUUAAGAAAAAAAUGAAUAAAACUCGGACUAAUAUAUACAUUUAACAUACAGUACAUAAGUACCGUAUUUGUUUAUUAUGACAAUAAAUCCUCAAGAUGGCAUUUACAUUAUUAACAUUCUUUCUGUGAGAGGGAUCCACGGAUAGAAAGACUUGUGACUUUGUAUAUUGUGACUAAAUAUUGCAAUCUAGUGUAUUUGUUGAGCUUUCAGUAAAUGAUACUGUAGCCAUGCCCAAAUGCAUAAUGGGAAGUGCAACCAUGACUGUGCGUAGUGGUACCAAUUGAUAUAUCUUCUCUGCGUUGGGAAAUAACAUAGGGUGUUAAAAGAUCAACUACUACCUUUCUUCCCCACAUUGCUUCCCACUAUAUUUCUAAUUGUUGAUAGAGGGAUUGUAAGGCUUUAGCCAACUAAAAAAAGGCUUCAAAGGCUGCCAAAAUUGUCUGUACUCAUUAUUCGUUGCCUUUUAGCUCUACGUUUACUUAAAACGGUGCCAUUAUAGAUUGAACGCGACAAUGCGUGAGUGGGUAGUGCAGCGCAUGCGUUAAUUGCGUUAAAUAUUUUAAUGUUAUUACCGCUGUUAAUGUGUCCAGCCUUGGUGUCCAGCUUGAAAUGCCCUACACUUUAGACAUUUUCUGCUUUUUCUUGGUGCCUUUCUGUUCACUUUCGUUGUUGCCUCUAUAUUCAUGCAUGGUUAAUCCAAUACAUCCGCCGCCUCGGUCUUCUUCCUGAAUGCACAUGACGACAACGCGUUAUGCCGCAUUAAAAGUAGGCUGGGCAAAACGUCAUUUUUAGCCUGUAAAAAGAAAAAUCAACCUAUAGGCUGCAGGGGUCAAGCAGCGGGGAAAAAGUCAUACGCUGAAAUUAAGUUAGAAUUGCUCCCGUUAUUGCUUUAGGUCCCUUCUGUGUACUUUCAACAUGUGAAAGUUUUACAACUGUUUCAUCAUUUAAAGAUAGAUUUAAGUUUUGCCGAUUUAGGAAUAUUUUAGAUAAAAAGUUACUUAGGUUCGCUAGGAAGAUUCUCUACAAGAGCCUUCUUGAGAAGUCUACUGCUUCAAGAUGGCGGCUGUUUACUAAUGCUGGCGAGUCAUGUAAUUUCGCAUCUAGUUCUCUAUACAAUGUGCCAAUGCCGCCAAGUGUCAUUUCGCAUCUAGUUCUAUAUACAUGUGAUAUCUCCUGUAGCAUCAUGUGGGCGUAGUUUGUAGGCUAUCGGCUACAGUCAGGUAUUAUUGGAGCCACCUAGAAUCAGGUUUGCAAUGGUGUCACCACUCCCGCUCUGCUCUCUCCGCGAGUCCGUGUCUCUCACUUUUCUCGCGUCAUUCAACUAACGAAGUAACGGUAACGGUGUUGCAAAGAUGAGAAAAUUAAAGAUUACUCACUACUGAAAAAAAUAACACCGUUAGUAACGCCGUUAUACUCCAGCGCCGUUAUUAACAACACUGUUGAUCACAAUGCAGAUACUGAGUCAAUAUUUAUUGAUUAACAUGUUGGAGGCAACCAUGAAAGUUAAAAAUCUCUCCUCAAAACCUUGUACAAACAUUCGAUAUCAUACUGGUAACGAACAAAUAUAAAAUUCCUUUUUGCAUCUAAUAAAUUGCAUGACACCGUGAAGACUUUGUAUGACUGUGCUUUAAAAUGUGAGCAUCCCUAAAAAUGUCACGUCUACUCAUAGCCAAUCGUCAGUCUGUCGCUAGAAAAGCUUCUGUCCUUAAAAUAAAAAUGAUCCAGAGUCCUCAUUUGUCCUUCUUCUUCCUCAUGGUGGUACGCAAUGGAAGACUGCCCUCUGCCCAAGAGUCUGGGUACUGCAUCAUUUUCUGCCACAGGCUGACUUCUUCACCCACUGAAUCCAUACCCACAUUGUUGUUUCCUAUUUUGACACUGCCUGAAAGGUAAAAAAAAAAAAAAAAAAAAAAGUAGCGGGUAAGUAGAAUUCUUAUGAAAAAAAGCACACAAAAUAAACUACUUGAUUCAGAACCGAAACAUUUAAAUCCAGUUUGUCAUGCAAAAUAGUUGAUGUUGAAGGAGAUUGUACCUUUUCUCUUAGGCACCGUCUGUUCUCAUUAUUCUAACACACUUAAUAUAAUCAAUCAGGGAAUAAUAUCUUUCCUCAUGUUUACCGAUCGACUGUUUGUAUUACUCUAACACACUCAAUAUAAAAUAAAUUAUACC